UUAUUCAAAUAAUGUAAAAUCUAUAUGGAUGGACGUUGUUAGAAAAACCUAUAGUUCUUUCUGUUCAAGCGAACACAACAUCAUUUUCUUUAGUUGAUUUACCUCCUCAAGCUAGAAAAGCAAAGUUGUAUAUACGUGUAAAACAAGGGGGUAGUUCAGGAGACUUUGAGGUUACUUGGACUUUAUCUACAAAAGUUGAUAUGAUUAAAUUCUCUGGUCAUCCAUACGCUUAAAAUGCUUGGAGCAUCUCUAAUGAUAACUGUUCGAUAAGACUUGAUGAGAAAAGAAUUAUUGCAGUUAGUAGAAGCGGAAGUUUUCCUUCAGGAUACUUUUCAGUUAUAAUUGAAGUUUUAGGUUAUAAAUGA